AUGGAUUUUGAUAGAGAAGAUGGUGAAAUACAUGAUGAAAAUGAAAUGGACGUGGAAGAAGAACAAAUACAAGAUAUAAAACCUUUGGUUUUAUCCGAUGAUUGCACAGUUCUAUUUAAAGCGGAUAAAAGUGGACCUAUUGUGAAAAAGGUAAACAAAGUAGACGCUAGUAAACUUGAAGAACGAGCUAAGCGCUUUGGACUGAAUUUAAGUGGUAACAGAAUAGUCACUCAACAACAAAUCGAUGAAUUAUAUGCUAAUAUAGGCAUAGAAGGAAAUGAGAGACAUUUCAGACUCGAUACAAUACAUUUAACGGGUAUUGAUGGCUUAAAUACAAAAGAUGUUUUUGAAUAUUUAGAAGAAUAUAAACCAGUAUCAUUGGAAUGGGUUGAUGCAACUUCUUGUAAUGUAGUGUGUCAAGAUCAUAUAGCUGCAGCUCUUGCUUUACUUGUUCACACUCAAGAAAUUGAUGAUGGCAAUUUAAAAAAAAUGUUGUCUGAAAAGUCAUCUUACCAUUGGAGGGAAGCUAUGCCUCAUACUAAAAAAGAUGUAAUUUUAAUGAGAUUUGCAACUAAUGCUGAUAAGAAAUUGUCAAGGGAUAAAAAAAUGCACUUAGAGAAGAAAAUUUUAGAAUUAAAUGAUAAAAAUCCUUGGGGUGAUUUAUGCAUGUCUUGGGGUGUGUAUGACCAUCAAGAAAUAUUUCAAAGCAAAAUACCAGCUUUUGAAGGUUCUAAUGAUAAUAAAUUGGGACCUAGAAAUGUUAUAAAACCCAAAAAAAGUAAUCUCGCUUUGAGACUUGGGAAGAGAAGUCAAAUGCAAAAGGCAGAUGAAUCUAGUGAUUCAGAUUCGGAAUGGAAUAAAAAAUCGAAAAUCCCUAGAAUGAGAAUGAGAGCUGAUGAUGAGGAAUCAAGAAUUAAAAAAAAGGUGUCCGCCGAGUCUAAUAACAUUAGUGAUAAGGAACAAUACACACAUUUAUCAAUCGAGUUUAUCAAUUCUAAGAACCCAAGUAGAACACAGUGUUCAUCGAAAGUUUUUUCUGAUCCUAGAAAACAAAAUAACCAUCAGAAUAGUAGCAAAGGAAUACUAUCACGUCUAGGAAAUAAGGUGCUCAAUGAAGACAAGCCGCUCAGUGAUAGUGAUGAUGAAUCCAAUUAUUCCGAUGACAAUAAUUACAACACAAGGAGUAAGGUGCAAAAAGUUGAAAACAAUUUGAGAACAACAAGUGUUUGGUCGAGGUUAGACAAGCCCGGGCUGGCAAGUGAACACAAUGAUUUAAGAGAAAUGAUAAAGAAGAAACAUGAAGUGAAUGUAAAAGCAGAAGAUUUGAGGGACCGUCUCAGUAAAGCAAAGUCAAAUUUACGAAUAGAAAUUGAUAACAAUUAUGCAAAAUAG